AUUUCUAUCCAACAUUCCCACUCCAUAUUGCUACAAAAUGUCAGCUUCAGACUCAGACAGUGGCCCAAUUCGACCUCGGGGCCGUACAGCCACCAGAAUGCAAUCAGAAAGCCGUGAUACCUCACGGUCGAGAUCAGCUGCUUCAAGAGAUCCGGCAGCCGAUGCAGCAUACGAAGCGUAUAUGAAGAAGAUGAACAUGGGGGACAAUAGCGACAACGAAUCGGUAGCGUCCAGAAAAUCAGCCAGCACUGAAUCAAGCCCACCAAAACAGAGAAGCCCCCCGAGUGCUUCACGAGACGGUUCACCCACAUCUCCAUUACGACAGUCGCCAAUUGUUUCGAAAAGUCCAGACGUUCAAACGUCACCUACUCGAGAGCCCUCCCCAGGACUCUUUGUUUCUUCGCGUGAGACUUCACGCGUGCGUGCUCCUUCGGCUCGCGUGUCACCCGUCGACUCAGAUUCAGAUCUACCUACCGGGAAGCUUGCCACAGAUGAGGAAUUUCAACGGAAGGUGGCAGAAAAACGCGCCGAACGAUUAUCAAGAGAAGAAAGUGCUCGCAACCAGAAAGAACAAAGGCGGAGGAAGCUCAACGCACUAUCAUCGAAAGCGCGCAAACAGCGCGUCGAAGAAGAUGAUACCGACAGCAGUCCAGACGAAGCGGAACAAGCAGCUGACUCCCGGCUGACACAAGAGACUACACGCCCCAAUGCACGAAAGGCCGGUAGGAAAGCAUUGGAAGAAAUGAGUCGAGAAAUUCGAGAAAAUCAACGCUUCAAUCGCAGCUUGCAACUGACUCACCAGGCAAAGACCAAGAAAAAGAUCACAAAGGAUGACUUGUUCAAGACUUUCAACUUUAGGCAAACGAAGGCUCCUGCACAGUUACCGGUGAAAGCAUCUAGCGAUGAAAUAAUAGGGCCUGUUUCAUCUGACGCGGAAAUGGCCAAUGCCAGUGAUACGCCGCCAACCAGCCCGGCAACCCUUAAUAACACCCAGGAGGAUAAUAAGGCGCAGAAGGACUAUGUAAUGAGCGGUGCCCUCGGUGUAACGCAUCACACAGACAUCAUGUCUGUCCCAAGUAAUUUAGACGAUUCCGAUGGUGGAAACCUACCUGAUCUCAAUGAGCUACUCACGAAAGCGGAGACUGUAGACAAAGGCAAAGCCAGAGCUAUUACGCCUGGUCUUCCAGAAUUAUCUCGUACCGUUCAAGUCCACAGAGCUGGUAUCCGACCAUCUGCCACCCAUGAAUCAGAUGAUGACCUUGAGAUAUUACCCGCAAAAGCCAGUCGCUUCCCAGUAUUUGACAAUCUACCCGCCAAACAAAAGAAGGAGUCUAGAUCCAUGCUUACCCUUCGAGCCCUCGCCCACUUGACGUCGCCAGGAAGGACACGAGGAAGGAAUGCUCGACCGUCGGUAAAUGUGACAGAAAUGCAGAGCAAUCUCAUUCGACGUGGUCGACAACAAGCCCGCGCAGCCUUGAUGGAGAAGAUCGAAGAGGCUAAAGCCAAUGGAACCUACGUUGAUCCUGAAGAGCUUAAGAAGGCGCAAGAGGAGCGUGCAAACGAAUUGGAUAAGCUCCGACAGGAUGUAGAAGCGCUUGGCAAGAAGGAGAGAGCAGAUGCUAAAAAGAAUGGAGAGGUUGAUGAGAGUCAGAUGCUACCUAGCGAUGACGAGGACGAUGCAGACUUUAGGGACAGUGACGAGGAUGCUGGGGACGAUGGAGAUGAUGAGGAAGAGAUAGAGCUUUCUGGAUCGGAAGACGAAGUGUCCGACGAGGAUCAAGAAACAGAACGUCAUGCCAUAUUUGAUGAAGAAACUGGAGAGAAUGCUACAGAUGAUGAAAGUGUCACCAAUGGAAAAGGCUUGCCUGAACCCGCGUCUGACGAUGACAUGCCUGCUCCAGGACGUGCACAUACUACAUCUCGCAAGCGACACAUUAUCGAGGACGACGAGGAUGAUGAUAGUGACGAUCUACCCAUCGUAGCAUCCCGAGCUCCUCCAGACCAAACACAAUCCACCCCAAAGAAGGACAUAGUCGCAGCAUUUGGAUUCGACAAGAUAGCAAGCUCGCCAGCACUUGGACUAACGCAGAUGUUUGCCGGAACCAUGGCAGAGCCGUCUCAGCCUGAAAAUGGCGACCAGCCCGGUGAUACUGCCCCUAUUCCGUCUCUUGACUUUCUUCGUGGUCUCGGCAUGUCCAGCGCACCUGACUUCGAUACGGCAAUGGCGGAUGACUCACAGAAUCUCGUAGUUCCCAAUAGCCAGAUUGGAGUUUCUCAGCAAGAGGUAUCGCAGGUCCCACACGAGUUUACCACACCGGGAGGCAACGGCCUUGGUAUAUCUCAAUUCCCAGAUGUGACUGAAGAAACCCAGUCUCAGUUUUCUGAUCUCCCAGACCCGACACAGGACGCAGGAUUUCAAGUGCGUACACCAGCAGGAAUGCGCGACAUGCCAAGUUCAACCACAGAGACCGUCUUACUCCCUACCCAAGAAACGCCUGUUCCGAAGCAGCGAAAGCGUCUGCAGAAAAGGUCGGAGGCCCUACCUGAUCUGUCCGACAUUGAUGAGGACGAAGUGGUUCCCGAUGUUGGAUCUGACACUGAAGACGAUUUUGAACUCAAUGCUGAUGUAUUCAAAGUCAUGAAGAAUGCAUCAAAGAAGAAAGCAGCCAAGGAUGCCUUUAACAAGAAGAAGAGCGAAGCCAAGACUAUGUUUGAGGAGCAAGCCGACGAGUCGGAGGACGAAUACGCUGGUCUUGGUGGCGCCAGUGACGACGAUAGCGGUGAAGAAAUGGAUGAGGAGACAGCCAAGAUGAUUGACCACGGCAAAGUCGAUGAGAGAGAGCGCGAGAUUGCAGCGCUUCAUGCUGAGCGGGAACGUGACGAAGACGAGAAAAAUGUUCAAAAGCUCCACAAGGAUAUUAUAAACGGCGGCCUCCGACGCAAGCGUGCUGCAAAUGAUGAUCUUCUUGGAGCCGCUGAUGAUGACUUUGAUGCUCUCGAUGAGAUGCGCCGCAAGAAGCAGGCCGAUUUCCGCAGAUCUUACAACGCGCUCAUGAAGAACGAGAAGCUGCAGAAGCUGUCUGGUGACAAGACACAGGCUUUCCUGCGUGCGGUGCAGGACAUGGACGAUGACCCGGACUACGACUUUUACAUCUCGCAUCCAGCGGAGGACGAGGUGCCAGAUUCGCAAGAACCCAUGGAGCAGGAUGCAGCGCCAGUAGGUCUCGCGACAAAGGAAGUUUCCGCAUCGCCGUCCGAGGAUAAGGAAAAUCGCAAUCCUCUCAACCCCCUUAAACGCCCAUCCGAGCCUAUUCACGCGAUCCGUCCUCCACCAGCUCUCCGCCGCACGAACGCACCCCGUCCCGCGCCUUUCCUAGCCCAAACAGACAUCCGGGCAUCUUUAUCAUCUAUCCUCGACGACCCAGAUACCCUCGACCGCAUUCCCGACUCACAGCUCGACGGCCACUCCGACAGCGACGCAGAAUCUGACUCGGAACCUCGCGGCCCAGCUUCUCUCUCACGUCAAUCCAGCAAUGCAAGCAUCGUCGACCGCCUCAGUCUCUCCCGUGCAGUCACAGACGUGGCAGGAAACAGCGACACACAUUUCGCAUUCCACGCCCCCGCCAAACCCGGCAGCAUAACCGGGUCAGGCUUCAAAGUGCCCAGUCUCGUUCGUCGGGCAACGUCGAAUUUCUCGAACAUGUCCACGUCGAACUCGAGGUCGAAUUCGGUGUCAUCGUCGGGCGCGUCGACGCCUGUGGAGGCGCCAACAGUCAGGAUGGGCGGGAGUAAGAAGAGUAAUAUUCACUUUCAGGCCAGGGAGGCGGAGAGGAAGAAGGUGUUGGAUAAAGCGGAAGAGAGGAGGAGAGGCGAGUUGAGGAGGAAGGCCAGGGAGUACGGGGGAAGAGGUGGAUUGGGUGGUGUUCUUGGUGGGAAAGCGGGCUGGGAUUAGAUGGUGAGGUGACUGUGAGGCAUCAGCAGAGUGUACGGGAUGGUUUCCAAUUGUUGUUCGCUGGUGUUCGGCGUGUGUCAAAAGGACGUUUGUGUUUUGGUUAUGGAGUCAGUCGUUGGCAUGAGAACGAUGUGUUCAUCUGUCACUACAUGUGAAGAAUACGGUCGUAUGGACGAAAGUAUUAUGGUGCAGGAGGAGAUGAAUCGUACGCAUCAUCAGAAAUAUACCUGCGCGAUAAAAUCGCCAUAGAAACUCCAACUCAG